AUGCAGGAUGGAAAGAAAGCUAAAAUAUUACGUCAAUGGGCUGAUGAACGAUUUCUAGCUCAAACUCUACCAAAUUCUCCAAUGUUUUUAAGGUCUGAUAGAGUAAUCGAUUAUGCACUUGUUCGAGAUCUAAAUCUUGAUAUUCAAGCAUAUAAUGGAAAUACAACCAGUGAUCAUCUUCCAAUACUCUCUGUUAUUCCCUUGAAAGUUUUACAAAAAAAAUUAGGAAAAAAUACUCAUUGGAAACAUAAUAAAAAAAAGGAGAUAUGUUUCUUAAAAAUAAUUGCUAAAAGGGAACUUAAUCCUUUUUUUCCUCCUCAACUUGAUAAUUUUCUUCAUCUUCGUAAUUCUCCUUCUUCAUCAUCUAACUCAUUUUGGUAUAGAGGUAAACGUUUCCUCAAACCAUCAUUCUCUUCUAUACAUGCUUUUAUUGAUUCAUCAGGACAAAUUGUCAAAGAAAGUGAUCUUAUGUGUAAUGUAGCAGCUGAUUAUUACGAAAAUUUUUUUAAAGCAUCAAAUAUUAUUAGACCUCACCCUUAUACUGAGUCGCCUCCUUUUGAAUAUGAUAAUAAUAAUGAAGUUAUUCCUGAAGUAACACUAGAUGAACUUUUUCUUGAUCAACUUGAAUAUUAUUCCUGUUUAACUGAUCAACCUAUUAGUUUCAAUAAAACUGAAGCUAUGUUUAGUGCACGAGCAAUCGGUCAUUCUAAUUUCGUCAUUCGUUUUUGUCAUGAAACAAAAGAAAUAAUUAAAUGGGUUCCAGAAUAUAAGUACCUUGGUUAUCUAAUUUCAUUAAAGUCAGGUUGGGUAAAUUUUUAA